UGGGAGUGUAGCACAGAACUGGUAUGAAAUAUAUGACUUUGUCAAUCAACUGACAGAAAGAUUUGUGAGCCCCAAGAUGAGAUUGUCAUUCAUCGUGUUUUCCACACAGGCACAUGUCAUUAUGCCAUUAACUGGAGACAGAGAGAAAAUCAAGAAAGGUCUUAAGGAUUUAGAAGAGGUAAAACCAGCAGGUGACACAUAUAUUCAUGAAGGGUUAAAACAGGCUAAUGAGCAAAUUGAGAAGCAAGGAGCCUCAAGGUUUUCCAGUAUCAUCAUUGCAUUGACAGAUGGCAAACUCGAUGGUCAGAUUCCCUUGUAUGCAGAGAAAGAGGCAAAGAAAUCCAGAGAGCUGGGGGCUCGAGUUUACUGUGUUGGUGUCCUUGAUUUUGUACAAGAACAGCUUGAAAAAAUUGCUGAUACAAAAGAACAAGUCUUCCCUGUCACCGGAGGAUUCCAAGCACUUAAAGGAAUAAUUAAUUCUGUUUUGAAGCAAUCAUGUACUGAGAUUUUGUAUUUGGAACCAUCCAGCGUCUGUGUGGGAGAGGAAUUCCAAGUUGUUCUUAGAGGAAGUGGCUUAACUCUUGCCAGGAGACUUGAUGGUAUUACUUGUACCUAUCAUGUGAAUGGAACCACCAUCAAUGAAAAACCAAAAAAGGUGGAACCAGAGUUUUUGCUCUGCCCUGCACCAAUCCUAUAUAAAAGUGGCCAAACCCUAGAAGUUUUGGUGAGUCUGAAUGAAGGGCAGUCUUUCAUGUCCAGCUCAUUAACAAUUACUGCUUCCGAGUGUUCAAGUGGAGUUGCAGCACUUAUUGCUGUUCUUGUGCUGUUACUUUUGGUGGCGCUUGGUCUUCUCUGGUGGUUCUGGCCCCUCUGUUGCAAAGUGGUCAUCAAAGAUCCGCCUCCACCUCCACCAGCUCCGAAAGAGGAAGAAGAAGAAGAUCCCUUACCAACCAAGAAAUGGCCCACAGUGGAUGCUUCCUAUUAUGGUGGACGAGGAGUUGGAGGAAUUAAAAGAAUGGAGGUUCGCUGGGGUGAUAAAGGAUCUACAGAAGAAGGGGCUAGAUUAGAAAAAGCAAAAAAUGCUGUGGUGAAGCUCCCAGAAGAAGCAGAAGAGCCUUUUCAUCCUAAACCACCUAAACCAAAGCCUACCUCACCAAUCAUUCAGGAGAAGUGGUACACACCAAUUAAGGGUCGACUUGAUGCACUGUGGGCGCUGUUACGACGACAGUACGACCGAGUCUCUUUGAUGCGACCACAGCAAGGAGAUGAGGGCCGAUGCAUUAACUUCACCAGAGUUCAAUCUCAGUAAAGGAGGAGCAGAGGAUACCAGGAG